ACCUUUGCAUUAAUGCCGUCAACGUCUCGGCCAACUCAGAGUCAGAGCGGCCGGUGUGGGGGGGUUUUUUAUAACCUCUCUUCGGCUUUCAGGGUAUUAAUCAGAGUAGCGUCACCGGAGUUCGAGCCUCCCCCUCCGAGAAAUCAUACUGAUAGCUCUCUCUCAGUCACAGACAGCUUUGGACUGCGUUUCUCUUUAUCAUUCUUUUCAACUUUUUUGGUGUCCGAGAUUAAAGAUGAAGCAAGUGCAAGUACGGGGUCGGCCAGUUUUUUUUCUGUUUGUUAUUUCAUUCUGUUCGAGUGUUUUAACCUGCGGAGCCUCAGAUCUGUCGUCGGACAGGGCUGCUUUAUUGACGCUCCGUCUAGCCGUGCGGGGACGCUUGCUUCGCUGGGACAUCUCGGUCGAGAAUCCAUGCAAGUGGAACGGCGUCAACUGCACGAACGACCGGGUGACCGAGCUGCGCUUCCCCGCCAUGGGCCUGUUGGGUCCACUGCCUGUUGGAAUUGGGAACCUCACACAACUCGUUACCCUCUCCCUCCGCGUCAAUUCGCUCUCCGGGCCCAUACCGCCCGACUUUGCCAACCUUGCCCAACUCAGGAACCUCUAUUUGCAACAAAAUCACUUCUCCGGUGAAAUCCCCGGGUCCCUGUACGAUCUGAAGAGCCUGGUGCGUGUAAAUCUCGCUUACAAUAACUUUUCCGGGGAGAUUUCGCCUCGUAUUAACAGUUUGACGAGAUUGGGCACUCUGUUUCUGGAGAAGAACAAUCUCACCGGGUCCAUUCCUGACAUUGAUAUCACCCCUCUUCCUCAGUUUAAUGUUUCUUUCAAUCGUUUAAGUGGGCCAGUGCCGCAACGGCUUUCGGGUUUGCCCGCUAACUCUUUUCAAGGUAACUCGCUAUGUGGGAAGCCGUUGCAGGGCUGCCCGGGAAGUGGGAACGGAAGAAAGUUGUCCGGUGGAGCAAUUGCGGGGAUUGUAAUCGGGUCGUUUCUUGGUUUUGCGCUCAUUGUGCUUGUUUUGGUUAUUUUCUGUCGAAGGAAGAGCGGCGGGAAAUCCAACGAAGUUGCGGUAGCGAAGCGUGGCGGGGUUGAGAUUCCGAGGGAGAAGGUGGCGUUAGAUAGUGAGAGUAUGGGUGCGAGUGCUGAACAUUCGAGAGGGAGUAAGAGGCGUGGCGGGAGUAAGAGUUUGGUGUUCUUUGGGAAUGUGGCCAAGACAUUUGAUUUGGAGGAAUUGUUAAGAGCAUCGGCUGAGGUACUCGGGAAGGGGACGUUCGGGACGGCGUAUAAGGCUACUUUGGAGACAGGGAUGACAGUGGUGGUGAAGAGGUUGAAGGAGGUGACCCUGUCGGAUAAGGAAUUCCAGGAAAGGAUCGGACAGAUUGGAAGCAUGGCUCAUAUGAAUUUGGUCACACUGAGGGGUUACUAUUUCAGCGCGGAGGAGAGCCUUCUCGUUUAUGAUUACGUUCCCAUGGGAAGCAUAUCUGCACUUUUGCAUGGAAACAGAGGGUCUGGUAGGACUCCAUUGAAUUGGGAAACCAGGACUGGCAUUGCUCUUGGAGCUGCCAGGGCAAUUGGAUUCCUACAUUCACAUGGCCCCACAAUUUCCCAUGGAAACAUCAAGUCAUCGAAUAUCCUCCUCACCAGCUCGUAUGAAGCUCGGGUCUCUGACUUCGGUCUUGCAUCCCUUGCACUUCCCACCUCCACUCCAAACCGCAUUGAUGGUUAUCGUGCCCCAGAGGUCACAGAUGCUCGUAAUGUAUCCCAAAAAGCAGAUGUCUACAGCUUUGGUGUGUUACUUUUGGAGCUGCUUACUGGGAAGCCUCCCACUCAUGCCCUACUGAAUGAGGAAGGCGUAGACCUCCCAAGAUGGGUCCAGUCUGUUGUUCAUGAGGAGUGGACUUCUGAGGUGUUUGACCUCGAGCUACUCAGGUACCAGAGUGUUGAGGAGGAAAUGGUUCAGCUCUUACAGAUAGGUCUUGAAUGUACUGCUCAGUACCCUGAUAGGCGUCCUUCAAUGGCUGAGGUGACAAAACGAAUUGAGGAUCUGUGGCUAAUUUCUAGUUCACAGCAAGAGCAAGAAACAACACGGGACUUGUCUACUGACGUGGAUGAAGGGUUGUCGCCUCGGUUGCAGUCAGUUGAUUCAAGAGCACCUUCAUCUUCAUAAUAGUAUCAAAGAAAGAUCAGAAAUCUUCCUUCACUGCCCUAUAUUUAUCAUACUAAAUUAUUUAGUGCUAUAUAUUAGUGUUCAUUCAUGGGUUGUCUUCUUUAAAAUCAACUUUGUAAGGUCGCUUGCCUCUCUUUUUCUUUAUAUCUUCUUGCCUUUACUCAUUUUAGUUGCAGGGGUUUGUAUAAACCCUGUAGUUCAAUGUAUUUAAUUUCAAUGGGAAUCUCAAAUGUUAUUUUCUUUA